UCGAGGAAGGAGCACCGGUCCACACUUUCCCUCGGAAAUGGCUUGGCAUCGCCCGCCCAAUUUUUCGCCCAAUCCACCAGACUUCAACUUCACGGCAUUUCGUCUUCAGGCAUCGCAGCCUGCCCUUCUAUAAUCAUUCUGCUGCGGCUUAAUUCUGUUCGCUCAUCAAACCGCUUUCCCGUUAUCGACCAUCGAGGUUCAACGAGCCUCUUCUUCUUCCCACACUCCGCGCGUACGCCCAGGAGCAGCGCGCAGUCUGUUUGCCGCAAUCAUGGCGCCCCCAAAGUCCAAAACCCAGAAGAUGUCGCUCGGCGACUUCCUGGGCGACCAAACCCUUGGAUCAUGGGCCGAUGAAAUGGAGGAUAGUCCAAUGCCUUCCGCCGAUGGUCGAGGAUAUAGCUCGGAAAGGAGGACUUUCAGCUCUCAGCCCGGAUUCGGUGGUGGCGAUCGUGGUUUCGGCACCGACCGUCCCUUUGUCCCCCGCGAGCUACUCCCUCUCCCCACCAAACCGCCCUUCACCGUACAUCUAGGAAACCUGUCCUAUGAUGCGACUGAGACCGAGAUUGACGGUUUCUUCACUGGAUGCCAACCCACGAGCGUCCGCAUUGUCGAGGAUAAACUCGACCAUAAGCCCAAAGGAUUUGGCUAUGUUGAAUUUGCAACGCUGGAUGGACUGAAGAAAGCAUUGGAUCUCAACGGAACCCAAUUCCAAGGCCGGAACAUCAAGAUUAGCAUUGCCGAACCACAAAAGGAUCGUCUCGAGAGCAACCGGGAUUUCGGUGACUGGUCACGAAAGGGACCUCUGCCUGAUCUUCCCAAUCAGAAUCGUCGUACCUCCGAUAAAGGCGGUUUCCGAGGAUUCGAUGCUGCAUCGGAUGCCGGAAGUGACGCUGGUGGAAGACGUGCUUUCAGACCUGAUGAUGGAAAAGUCCGAGACUUCAACAACUGGGAGCGUAAAGGCCCCAUGUCCCCUGCCGGUCCUCCCGCCCGAGAAGGUGGACGUACUCGCGAAGGACCGCCCCGUGAACGCAACCUGUCUCCAGCUCCAGCAUGGGGCGAGGGACGUUCCCAAGACGGCUCAAGACCUCCACGAGGCGAAUUCCGCGAGCAGGCGGAGCGAGCCCCGACUGCGGCCGAACUUGACUCCGCUUGGCGCGACCGAAUGCGCCCUGACGCACCUGCCAAAUCCCCCAUCCCCACUCCCGAAGCCAGCACGCCCACCUCCCCCGCUGCUCCUCCCGCACCUGUUGGUCGCCCGAAGCUGAACCUCCAGAAGCGUACCGUCUCCGAUACGGACUCCGGUCCGUCCGCUGCCGCUGCAUCCGACGCCAAAGCCAGCCCCUUCGGUGCCGCCCGACCCAUCGAUACCGCAGCGCGCGAGCGUGAAGUCGAAGAGAAGCGACAACUUGCUAUCCGACAGAAACGCGAGGCGGAUGAGAAAGCCCGCGAAGAUAAGAAGGCCAAGGAGGUUGCCGCAAAAGCUGCCGCCGAGAAAGCGGCCGUUGAGAAAGCCGAGAAAGCGGCCGCCGAGAAGGAGAAGCCGGCCCAAGCUGCUGCCACGGCACCGCAAGCGAACGGCAAGCCUGCAGCCGAGGAUGGGAAAGCGAACGGCGAAGACCGUCCCGCCGGAAAGAGCUAUGAGAUCCUAAGGCGCGAGAGCACGGACAAGGGCGAAGAUGGCAAAGACCGUAAAGAAGAUGCGACCGAGGCACCUGCUAACGGGGAAACCGCUGCAGCAGCUCGUCCUCGUGAGGGCCGUGAAGGCAAUGAGAGGCCGCGUGGUGGUCGUGGCGGUAGGCCAUACCCGGCUACGAAGCGGAAUGAUUCGUGGAGGAAGCCCACGGGGCCGCCACAGACGGCACCAGCGGCUGCAGCUGAGGCUAAGGCAGAGCCAACCGCGGAGGCAGACGCUGCACCGGAAGAUGAUGGAUGGAGUACCGUGCAGUCUGGGAAGAGGGGCGGGAAACGCAAUACAGGAAGGGGGCAGGCAUGAUGAUAUGCAUUCAAGAUGUCCUAUUCCAUUCUUCCAUCGAAUGAUA